UGCAAGCUGUAAGAAACUACUGAUAAGUCGUUCGUGCAGCGACCAUUUGCUUCUCCCGCGUAUAAAUAAAAUUGAAGAAGAAUGACUGAGCCGCAGUGCAAGAAAGUCAAGAUGCCGAGCUCCUUGGAACAACUGAAAUCCGUGACAACGGUGGUCGCAGACACCGGAGACUUCGAGGCUAUGGAAAAAUUCAAGCCUACCGAUGCUACUACCAAUCCUUCUUUGAUACUAGCAGCUGCCAAUCAAAAGAAGUAUGUUCCAUUACUGGAUAAAGCUGUUCAAUAUGGCAAGAAAGUUGGAUCCACCCUGGCUGAACAAACUGAAGCAGCUAUUGACAUGACUUGCGUCCUCUUUGGUUUAGAGAUUCUCAAAAUCAUACCUGGUCGCGUUUCCACUGAAGUUGAUGCUAGGUUAUCUUUCGAUAAGGAAGCUAGUAUCGAGAAGGCAAAAAAGCUUAUUGCUCUUUAUGAGGAAGCUGGAAUCAGCAAAGAACGUGUGUUGAUUAAGCUAGCCUCCACCUGGGAAGGAAUACAAGCAGCUAAGGAGCUUGAAGACAAAUAUGGAAUACAUUGUAACUUGACUCUGUUGUUCUCUUUUGGGCAAGCUGUUGCUUGUGCUGAAGCUGGCGUUACACUUAUUUCACCUUUCGUUGGCAGAAUAUUGGAUUGGUACGUUGCAAACACUGACCAGAAGUCAUUCGAUGCCAAGGAGGAUCCUGGUGUCAUAUCCGUGACUAAAAUUUACAAUUAUUACAAAAAGUUUGAUUACAAGACCGUUGUGAUGGGGGCAUCAUUCCGUAAUAUUGGAGAAAUUCGAGAAUUGGCCGGGUGUGAUCUUCUGACCAUCAGUCCAAAACUUUUGGAGGAAUUGGAAAAGAGCAACGAACCUAUUCAAAGCAUUCUCAACCCUGCAACAGCUAAGAAGUCAGAUCUUAAGCAGAUCAACCUUGACGAGGCAAAUUUCCGGUGGCUUCUUAAUGAAGACCAAAUGGCUACAGAUAAGCUAUCCGACGGUAUUCGUAAAUUUGCUGUGGAUAUGCGAAAACUGGAAAAACUUCUUCAGGAGAAGAUUCAAGGAUAAAUACUUUGUUUUAUGUUAAUUGUUCGAUAUAUUGUAAAUAAGCGAUGUCAGAGCAGAGUUCAUGGUAUUUUUUUAAAACAAGCAUUUUUAUGAACAACAUUCCAUUAUGGUGUCCAUAGAUUGUCAUAUUGGUAAUUACAGUACACAUGAUAUUAUUGAUGAAACAAUAAAACGGAGAUACACUGUAUA